CAGUGAGCUGYGGCCUCGGAAUCCAGAGAAGGAAACUUGCCUGCCAAAACCUAACAGCAAAGGGCCAAAAUGUCACAUUAAAUGGAUCAAUGUGCAGUGGCCUGUCUCCUUCACUGCUUGUAAGGUCCUGUCAGGUGAAUGCCUGCAACAAGAUCAAGCCCAAGCUUCCAGCGAAGUUUUCUGCRCAGGGCCCUCAGAUUGUGGGCGUUCAGCGAGUCUACAUUCAGACGAGGCCCGAGAAGCGGAUCAACCUGACCGUGGGGAGCCGGGCAUACCUGCUACCCCAAACGUCCGUGGUCAUCAAGUGCCCCGUGCGAAGGUUCCAGAAGUCGCUGAUCCGCUGGGAGAAGGACGGGCGGCGCUUGCAGCCCUCCAAACGGCUCGGCAUCACCAAGUCGGGCUCGCUGAAGAUCCACUGCCUGCAGCCCGCGGACAUCGGCCUGUACCGCUGUGUGGCGGGGGCUGCGCGUGAAACCUUCGUGCUGAAACUCAUCGGA